GCUUAGAAAAGUUUAAAGCUAGAGAUUACUGUAUUGGCCAAAGCUAGGCAUAAUCAGUGAAUAGUAAUGACUCUGUGAGAUAACAGAAAUUGUUAAGAUUUGAAAAUGAGCAGUAUUAAUAAAUAUUGUGAAAUGGAAGGAUUAGUGGAAAAAACUGGUUUAGGUGGCUUAGUUCAAGUCAUUUCACUGAAAUCUCUUAAUUCACUAGAAAGUGAAAACGAAAUUCUACGCUACCCAGACGGAAGAGAGGAUCGAAAGAUAAUAGAGAUGAACCUGGAUUUCCCCCAUGUAUUUAGUACAGUAGGGGAAACAUCUAGAAGGUUCGGUAGAAGAGAGGGAAUUAUGGAUUGUGAAGCUGAUGGGGGAAAGAAAGAUGAAGGUAGAAAUAUACUAAUGAAUGGGAGUGGGCCUAUAGAGAACCUGAUCAAGGCUGUGCUCAACGAUGAUUCUCAAAUGAUCAGAAAAACACUGCAUGUAAAACAGGAUUUGUUAUCCAAGUUUCUUCUCAAGUUUAAGAAAAAAGCAUGCCUGAGUAGCCUGGAUUCCAAGAUCGACAAGAGAUUUGUGGAGUAUGAAAUAUUUGUUGAUAUUCUGCAGUUCUCGGUUCUUAUGAAGAAACCUCAGGCUCUGGGUGAAAUGCUUCAUUUUGUGAAAGGAGAUGAAAUGUUGCAGAGAAAAAUAAGGUUGAACUGUGAUGUAGAAAAUGUUGUUCUGUCAGACUUUGACUAUGAGGAUGUUCAAUUGGAAAAACAGAAUAUAUUUCAUCUUGCUGCAGUUGUUAGUUCAGAGUGUUUAAAGAUUCUUCUGAAGAAAUGCACUAAUUCAGACAUUUUGAUGUCAAGAGAUGUUAGAGAAAGAACACCAUUCCAUAUUGCAGCUGGAAACUCAAGCAAAGCUUGUUUCGAGAUGCUUUUUAAUGCAGUAGAGGAGAAGGAUGACAUUUUUCUACAGGACUGUAACGAAUAUUCACCUCUUCAUCUUGCAACAAAGUUUGGUGUCCUUGAAACACUGUUUUUUAUUCUCACCAAUAUAUCCAAUUGUCAACAGCUGCAAAUUAUCAACACGCAGAACAAAAAAGGAAAAACGCCAUUGUUUUAUGCCAAGGAUUCUAAAAGCAUUUACUUGUUGCUCUCAUAUGGUGCAGAUCCCACCAUAGGCAGGUGUGAAGGAAGAUCAUUGUUGGAGGAAUACAUUCGUGUGAAACCUGAAAAUGCCAGAGCUCUACUAAACUAUGAUGUUGACACAAAUGGCAAAGAAAUUAGUGAUUCAAAAUUUCUUUUUACUUAUGAUCUUCGACUGUUUCUUGCCAAGGCAUUGGGUAAAGAUGAGCAUAAGGGAGAAAUGGAAAUUAUUUCAAAAUUUGGCGAAUACCGCCAAAAGAAUAUGCUAAAUUUGCCAAGUCCUGAACUGUUUCUCCAGUUGAAAUGGCAGAUGAUAAAGAAAUUUUACUUUCUCAAUUGGAUCCUAUAUGUCACAUACCUAUUAUCCCUGACAGCUACUGUUAGUUGGACGUCAUAUGACAAAAACCAUCAAACCAAGGACAAUAGUAGCUUUCCAGAUCAGAACAGCACUACUUGUAAUAUUACAACGCUGAGUUGGUAUUCAGACUCUAUCAACAAUGGAUGGAAGAUUCUUCAUGUUUUUACAUUUGUGUUCACUUGUAUAAUUCUUUUUAGAGAAGGAAUGCAGCUCUUGUCUAGAAAGUUCAAGUAUCUUAAAUCAAAAGAAAAUAUUCUUGAGUUAUUUUCGUUGAUUUUUGCUUUCACCUACCUAAUAUUGAUCUCGUUGACAGGAAAGUUAAUUUGUGAAUGGGAGCAAGCAGCAGGAUCAAUUGCACUCUUUCUUGCUUGGCUUGAAAUGUCACUUAUGAUUGGAAGAUUACCGAGUGUUGGAAUAUAUAUUUACAUGUCAGUUAAUGUUAUCAAACAGCUGUUAAAGUUUUUUUCUGUGUACUUCACCAUACUGAUGGCAUUUGCCUGUGCUUUUAAUGUGAUAUUGCCUAAGUCACCAACCUUUGAAAACCUGCUAACAUCAUUCCUCAAAGUAAUUGUAAUGAUGAUUGGAGAGUACGAUUUUGAGAGUAACUUCACUAUGGAUAACAUUAAUCAGCAAGGAAAUAGACCUAUGGAUGCUGCCUACAUUAGGCAUGACUACAUUAGGAAUGUUAUUACCCAGUUAUUAUUUAUAUCUUUAGUCUCUGUUGUUUCAAUAACUAUUGCCAAUUUGAUUAUUGGUUUGACUGUACAGAAUAUUGCGGAACUACAACGGAAUGCUGGAACAUAUAAGCUCAGUAAAACCAUAGACCAGAUAAAGGAGACUGAAGAGGUUUUCAUAAAAAACCGCAGAUUCAUGUGGCUCUUUCAAUUCAUACCAGCAAUCAAUAAGCAUAUGGAUCUUAUUCCAUACUUGAACAGUUUGGUCAAACAUACCCGAGCAACCAGCAAAAAUAAAUCAUUUUUCAUUUGUGUCAAACCAAAGGAUCAAAGUCCUGGAUCAGGAACAGCAGUGUCUAGCAUGUAUUUCAAGGUUUACAUGUAUGAUACUGAAAAAAGCAAACCUGACAAGUGGUUACAGACUUCAAUUCCAGAAUGGGUUCUUGCUAAUUCAAAAAAAGCAUUGGAGGAGAAGUGGAGAGUUCUGCGUGAACUUGAUACAGCAUAUGAAUGCUUUGCAAAGACUUCUAGUAUGACUUACAAUUUUAGUUAUGCUGCAGAAAAUCAGAGAACAACAUCUGUUUCUUCUCUCCCUCGAGAGUUAUCAAUGCUCAAUGAAGUUCCAGUCCAAUAUGAUACUGAUGCCAUAGCAGAAGAAAUAGAAAAACUGGAGAACAGAGCAGCAGAACUUAGAGGACUUCUGCUUUAUAAAUUCUAGAAAAGCAAUAGAAUAGAUUUGUAAAUUCUUUGGACAUUUUCUGUUUGAUGCCCACCUCUCCCUCCUCAAAUGCUUUGCACUCUCAUUUUGAAACUAUCACCUUGAAAUUUAUAAACUUUUAAGGAAUUCUAUUUUAUGCAAAGAGUAGGGUACAAAGUGGUGACAGUGUAAAAAAAAAAAUCUAAAAUAGCCCAUUACUUUUUGUGGUAAAAGCUACAGAUCUAAAACUAUAUUUUUGAAAAGAGCUUUUGAAAAAUUGAUGCAGAAACAUGUAUUACAUCUUGAUAUUUGUCAAAGACAAAAACAAGAUAUUUUUUGCAUUUUUCCGAUCUUUUUUUCAAACCUCUCCAGCAUCCAAACUAUUAAAGUUGGCGGUCUAAUUUUGUUUUUAAACCUUGUUUUGUUUCAAUGGGGUAGUAAUUUUCCUUUUCUACAAUCUUCCAUGAUGUUUCACUGCCUAUGUAAAUGUGAUAUUAUUAGAAACCUAAAUAUAAGUUAACAUUUAAAAUAUAUUUAGAAACCUUCUUAUAUUUUCUAUGUUGAGGCUACAGCUAUUUAUAAAGAAUAGUCAUUGAGAAAACAAUAUUUAUUUUAUAUAAAAAUUGGUCAAAAAAUAAAUGACAAGAACAAAAUAUUAAAAACCUUAUUUUCUUUGUAAGUAAGUAAGUAUGUUGAUAAGAGAACUGGAAGUAAGUAGAUCUGAGAAGUGGAGUGCUAACGAAGACUUUUUUAUUGAGAGUCUC